UUUCCAUGCUCACGCAGCAGUUAUACAACGUUCUUUGUGUCUUCGUUAUCUAACAUAAGCGCUGAGAUCUAGGGUAGAGGUAACGGAAGCCACAACAACAAUACAAGAACGCAGACUUUAUAUACAAUGUAGUAGGCUAUUACACAGUUAUAUUGUGUAAUGUUGUAUCGUAUGUUCUCAGUGCAAAGUAACAAGUGCAGUAAGCCAGCAGUAGUAUGAAAAGCCACCAGCACAGACACUGAAAGUGAAACAGUGAUGUUGAGUUAUGUUUCAACGUAUUAUUAUUAAUUAAUUAAUAUCACUAUCACUAUCAGUCAUACGCGCUUGCUUGACGUACGUGUCAGUGUGAGUGUCAUGUCUCAGCAGUAUAUCCCAGAUAUGGUCAUAGAUGAUAACAUCUCAAAUGACACUGAGAGAAAAGAGGCAGAUCGAAAGGUAGUGCAGGAGAAGCAUUACUUUAUGCUCAGUCAACUACAAGACAUGGCCGGAGAACUACCUGCGAAGUACCAGCAACGACUUCCUUAUGAUCUGCUAUCCGGUUUAGCAAGUGCCCUUCUUGAUGGAACUGUCUUUCAAAUCGUUCAUGGACUAACCGAAAUUCAACAGAUGACUGAAAGAAAUCUUUUCAACCAGCGGAUGUCUCUGCUAAAUACUUACAAAACUAACAGACAGGACAUUUUGAAAAAGCAAAAAGAGGCAAUUCAGGCAUCCAUGAGCCGGCCUCACAACAUACCGGUAGUGGAAGCAAAGUUCCAAAAAGAUCUGAAGGAAUUAGAUCAAAAGCAUGAGGCCGAUUUAAACAGAACUGAUAUGAAGCUGAUACUUGAACUUGACCAAAAAGUCAGUGACCAACAGGUUACACUAGAGAAGGCAGGAGUGCCAGGAUUUUUUGUUACAAACAACCCACAGGAGGUUCGUGUGCAAAUGUAUCAGUUGGAUUUCAUCAUUCGGCUGGGGAAUGCUAUUGCUGAGAUGGAUAGAUGACUCCGCACCAUGGGCAACAUCACCCCCCUCCUAAACUGCUGAAUAGAAAUACUGUCAAGCUACACCUAAGAACAUAUAGUGUGAAUGACAAACAAAUAUGCUGAAUGCCACCUGAGGACAUCAUCUUAUGGUGGCACUAAAAGACGGUGAUUAAACGUGAUAGAAGAAAAAGCUAUGUGUUAAUUUGCUGUACAUAAUGUUGACGUUUGUUGUAAUGUUAAUGUUUAUAAUUAUUUCUUCCGCUAGAUGGCGGGACGUCACAUCAGAUCAUUUUUACAGAAAACGUCUCCUGUACGCAAUUCUUUUCAAUAUUCUUUCAAAUAAUACAUGCUUUUAAUUGAGCAUUACGAGAAGUAUGAAAAGUGACCAGCACACAGUCUAGUUUUAAGUAUGUACUGUUCUUCAGUUUUCUAUUGAUCAGACUAGGGAAUCAGGAUUUUACUAAUUUUCUGAAUCUUGUCUAGAUAAUGUCGAGUCUUUGAAAAAUGGAAUUUAGAUUGUGACUGCAACAUAACUGAUGAAUAAAAUCUGUUAUUCUUGUGAUUUAUAAGUGGAGCAGGAAUACUUCAUAUGAAUAAAUAUAAGUAUAUAUUUUGGAA